CCGUGCUCGCGGGGAACGGGCAGCGCCGGGGCCCGUCGUCAUGGAGUCUCCGUGGGAUGAGCUGAUUCUUUCUUUCUCCCGCACGUCCAUGUUCCCCUUUUUUGACAUCGCCCACUACCUGGUGUCGGUGAUGGCUCUGAAGCGGGAGCCGGGGGCGGUAACAGUCGCAUGCAAGAAUCCUCUCUCAAGCUGGUUUACUGCUAUGCUCCGCUGUUUUGGUGGGGGAAUUUUAUCUUGUAUACUGCUUGCAGAGCCUCCAUUGAGGUUUCUUGCAAACAGUACUAAUAUAUUACUGGCAUCAUCAAUCUGGUAUAUUAUAUUUUUUUGCCCAAGUGACCUAGUUUGCCAAGCCUAUUCUUUUCAACCUGUUCAACUCUUGGCUGCAGGAAUGAAGGAAGUGACCAGAACUUGGAAAAUAGUAGGUGGAGUCACACAUGCUAAUAGCUAUUACAAAAAUGGCUGGCUAGUCAUGAUAGCUAUUGGAUGGGCCCGAGGUGCAGGUGGCAGCAUUAUCACCACUUUUGAGCAGUUAGUAAAAGGAACUUGGAAACGAGAAGCUGAUGACUGGUUGAAGAUGUCUUACCCUUCCAAGAUAACCUUGCUGGGGUCAGUUAUGUUCACAUUCCAGCACACCAAGCAUCUGGCAAUAUCAAAGCACAAUCUGAUGUUCUUCUAUACUGUCUUUAUUGUGGCCACAAAGAUAGCCAUGAUGGUUACACAGACGUCUAUCGUACCUUUUGCUCCCCUUGAGGAUACGCUGGCUCGAGUGCUGUUUGGUAACCAGCAGCUUUCUGCAUCGGGUGCAAAGAAAAGUGAGACUAAAUCCAAUGGCACUGAGUCUUCCACCUCAAAACCCACAGCCGAGGCUUCAGAUAACCUUCAAAAGAAACACAGUAAGACUGAGUAAAGCUCUGAAUUCUGGUUUCUAGAGAGCCAAAGGGGGGGGGGGGAAUUCUAACUGUCAGAUUUAUAUUUUUAUGUAAAUGAUGUGAAAUAAAGAUUUUAUGUAAGGAAUGAAGGUGACAAAAAGAAAGAACUUUCUGUUUCAGGGAGAUUACUCCUUUAUGUAUUGUAAUCCUUGAAUGCUGUGAGUGUAUCAUGUGAAAUUGUUUUUCUAUGUUAAGUAUAAAAGAUUCUAUUGUGAUUAUAAUAAUUUUAUAUUGAUAAAAUGAGGUUAGCUUUUUAAAAAAAUGUUAUAGAAGGUAAACUUAACACCAUUGAAAAAAUUACUACUUUUUAAUUUAGGUAUUUUCCUAUCUAUUUUUAUUUGAAUUAUAGUUUUAAUAAUAUUCACUUGUACCUCAUAUUACAAUUAUACUUUCCUAGGUAUGGAAAACAAUUUCUAUUAAAGUUUGAACACUCAAAAUAGUAAACUUUUCCUAAAGCACUUUAUAUUAUGAGUAAAAAUGAAUGCCUAGUUUAUAUUUCAGAUAUAAACUUUAUAUUUUUGUACAUGUUAAAUGGAAAAUAUCUGAAAUUUAAUUUUUUCUCGUAGCUUUCUUCAGUGAAGUGAAAAUUAGUAUUAGUAUGAGUUUCAAAGUGAAGUCUAUCUUAUCCUCUUAAAAAAACAAACAAACCAAACUACUGUUUUUUUCUCCUCAAAAGAAAAUCAAGGGUAUACUUUUUAAUAAAUUACUAUUCCCUGUUUUUUCCUUUUCUCAAACUUAUUUUUCUUUCUGUUUCCUUGAAACAUAUUUGUUUUAGUUGUAGGAGAAAUUAUCCUCAGGGUUUCAUAUAAUAUUAACUUCACUUUGAUCUUUGGGGCUAUAAAUACAUUGGUAGUAUUUAUUAUCUUAAUGAGCAAACAAAAUUAUACUCAUCAUUAAAAUAUUUUCCUUCUUUGUCUUCUUUCUAGUGGGUACAUUUCAAUUUUCUAUACACAUACAUAUGCUAGUUUUAUUUUAAAUUAAAUUUCGCUGCUUUUAUGUGAAGAUUCUUGGCUCUAACGAGAAUUGUCCUUAGACAUUUGAUGAUGAACAGCUAACCAAAAAGAGUAGAGAAAACAAAGCCUUAUGUGGUGGUCCACUUGAAUGAAGCGUGUCGACAUCAAAUGUAUUCCUUAUUGACAGAAUCAAAACAAAGAAGGAAAGAUACUAAGUAAUGCUAGAUUUUUAUUCAUUCUUUAUGGUUUAAAAUUCCAAUUGUAACUGUAAAGCUCUGUGACAUGAUUUUUCCAUAUGAGCCUGCUACCUGCAAAGAGUAAGUGCCAGGCAUUUUUAGAUGGUUUAGAAGUAUUCAAAUUACAUUUGUGUUAAUAAGAUUUUUUUUAUUUAAAAAUUUUUAACUGCUAUAAAAACCAGCAGGUAUAAUACUUUCAGUUGUUUAAAAAAAGUUCUUUUGGAGGGAGGGGCUUAUGUAGCCUUGAAAUGCUAAGAAAUGCAUUUUUAAUGUUGUAACAAAACACUAAGUAUUUAAGAUUUCUGUAUUAUAUUUGAUACUCUUUAGUUAAAACUUUUCAAAAUGAAUAUCUUUUUAAGUAUUGGUCUAUUUCUAGAUGUUUGAAUUCAAUUAUAGUGAAAUGGUAGUGAUCCUGAUAUGUUUGUGUUGAAGACAAAAUUAUUAAAAUAAGUUGUUUAGUACCAAUAAAGUAUUAUUGUUUUUA